CCCGGACCCCGACCCCGACCCGGCCCGGCCCGGCCCCCGUCCCCGCCCCCCGGGCCGAUGGACUACUCCUACCUCAAUUCGUACGACUCGUGCGUGGCGGCCAUGGAGGCGUCUGCCUACGGCGACUUCGGCGCCUGUAGCCAGCCUGGCGGCUUCCAAUACAGCCCCCUGCGGCCCGCCUUCCCCGCGGCGGGGCCACCCUGCCCCGCGCUCGGCUCUUCCAACUGCGCGCUUGGCGCCCUACGCGACCACCAGCCCGCGCCCUACUCGGCAGUGCCCUACAAGUUUUUCCCGGAGCCGUCUGGCCUGCACGAGAAGCGCAAGCAGCGGCGCAUCCGCACCACGUUCACCAGCGCUCAGCUCAAGGAGCUGGAGCGCGUCUUCGCCGAGACCCACUACCCCGACAUUUACACGCGCGAGGAGCUGGCGCUCAAGAUCGACCUCACCGAGGCUCGCGUGCAGGUCUGGUUCCAGAACCGCCGGGCCAAGUUCCGCAAACAGGAGCGCGCGGCCAGCGCCAAGGGCGCGGCGGGCGCGGCAGGCACCAAAAAGGGCGAGGCGCGCUGCUCGUCCGAGGACGACGACUCCAAGGAGUCCACGUGCAGCCCCACGCCCGACAGCACCGCGUCGCUGCCGGCCUGGCAGCCGGCGGAGCCGGGGCCCGGGCCCUUCUCGGGGGUUCUGUCCUCCUUUCACCGGAAGCCCGGCCCCGCCCUGAAGACCAAUCUCUUCUAG